UAUAUCAAAGCAAAUAUUAAACUAGCAAGAGAGAGAGAGAAAGAGAGAAAAGUGAAGAAUGGUGUUCAUCAAGGUUCAUCAACUUGCUUUUCUCUUCGGGCUCUUGGGCAACAUUGUGUCCUUUGGGGUAUUCUUGUCACCAGUGCCAACGUUCUAUGGGAUAUACAAGAAGAAAUCAUCAAAAGGGUUUCAGUCGAUACCGUACAUAUGUGCACUCGCAAGUGCGACUCUUCUUCUAUACUACGGAAUAAUGAAGAAACAUGCUUAUCUCAUCAUUAGCAUCAACACCUUUGGAUGUUUCAUCGAAAUCUCCUACUUACUCAUCUAUAUCAUUUACGCACCAAGAGAGGCCAAGAUAUUCACGUUGAAGUUGAUAGUGAUAUGCAACAUCGGUGGACUUGGUCUCUUGAUUCUUCUCGUUGAUCUUUUGGUUCCAAAACCAAACCGUGUCUCAACCGUUGGAUGGGUUUGUGCUGCUUACAGUCUCGCCGUCUUUGCUUCUCCCUUAAGCGUCAUGAGGAAAGUUAUAAGGACAAAGAGUGUGGAAUACAUGCCGUUUCUUCUCUCCUUGUCUCUCACUCUUAACGCCGUCAUGUGGUUCUUUUAUGGACUUCUUAUCAAGGACAAGUUCAUUGCUAUGCCAAACAUUCUCGGUUUUCUAUUCGGCAUAGCUCAGAUGAUACUAUACAUGAUGUAUCAUUCGAGGAAAACGGAUUUGGCAAAUCUCACAUCUACAAAGACCCAACCAACAAAUGAAACCAAUCUUAACGAAGUCGCAAUCGUGGCCGUUGAAUUGCCUGAUGCAAGAUCAGACAACGUUGAAGGAUCGGCGAGGCCUGUAAAGACUCCAAACUCAAGCACGGCUUGAAGGGCAAAACAUGGCGAAUUAAUGUAUGGGAGAUGUUUUUAUCGUAUGUUGUUGGAAUAAUAAGCUUUACUUUCUAGAUAGAUCUUCUGUCGGUUUGGGGUUGGUCUAACCAAACCAAUAACGUUCUAUCUUUUUGAUCAUAACUAAAAAACCUUGAUGAAUGACGACAAUC